AUGGGGUCCGGUGAGCCAAUACCGCACGACAGGAAGGUGUCGACGGUGCGGGAUUUUUAUCAGGCGUUCCACGAUGCGAGCACGUUGCCGAUACGGACCUGCAUGAUGUGCUACCGCAAGCGGCGGCCGCUCACCAUUUUCAUGCCGGAGCUGCUUUCCCGAAGGCGAGCCCGUGGACUCACGCUGGUCGAAGAGAAGCUCGUCUCGCUCAACUCCUGCUAUGGGUUUGCACGUCAGGGCCACAUCACAGUGUUUCCCAACAACGUGCAGGAGCUGGCGACCAAGGUGCUCCCGCACCCCCUUUUGCAAGCACUGGACGAGAUCCACGUUUCGUGGCAGGGCGUGGAGAAGCCGGCACCGAGCGACCUGUCGAGUCUCUUAGGAGCAACCCCACUACGCCGAGAUCGAGAUCGACGUGGCGGAGAUGGAGAGUUGGGAGACCCGAUAGACGGGGUGCCGGCCUUGGUGUAUGAUCGCAUGGAGCGGAACGAGCCGUCCGCAUGGGAGAAAACGCGGACGGCGCACGUUGUGCCGCCCACGGAGCGCGCCAUGGACGACGAGGGGUCGGUGGAGAUCGAGGAACUCUUCGCUCUGCUCAACCAAAGGCAGGAAACGGGAGGCGAGGCUGAAGGGCACGGGCCCAACGAAGAAGGCGCGGGUCGUGAUGGAGUUGGUGCUAGCCCCGAUCAGAACGUUCGACCAAUCAACGAGGUGACGUCUUCCGGCAUGUUUGGGCUGGACGGACCGCCAGACGUGGCGGAUGUCGAGAAGCUGCGGUUUGCCUGUGACGCUGUUGGCGCAGGUGCCGACGACGGCCGCGCGGGCGAGAACGUGGGUCGGAUCCUCGGUGGGGUCGAGGGCGUGGCGACGAUGGCAGUGAGCCAUACAUUCGAGUCUCGCGGGGAUGAGUUUGCCGACUCCUUUGAGACGUCCUUCUUCGCCAGAACGUUCCCGACCCUGUUCCCAUUUGGCGUUGGGGACCAAGGGGCGGCAGCGGGAGACAUCGUAUCCUCCCGAAGCUUGAACCUCCGGAUUUGGGCCGACAUCGUGCUCCGGCGCCAUGGUGGCCGGUUUGCGUUGCACCACAUAUUUGCAUUUCUCGUCUUCAACAUGGGGGUGCGGUCGAGGAACCGCCGCGUCAGCAUGCUGAGUGUGGCGAGGAAGGACUUCGGCAAGGUCGAGCGCGUUGCCCGCUCGAUGACCGCGCAAAGGAGCUUCUCAGGAGCCUCUCGCUGUACGGCCACCGGCAACCCAUGUCGAGAGGUUCGGCUCAAUAUGCGGCGGAAAAUCCAGUCGCUCAUCGUUGGCUACGGCGUUCCGGCCAUCUGGUUCACCAUCAACCCAAACGACAUUACGAACCCGGUGAAGCUGCGACUGGCGGCAUAUCGGACACGCGAUCCCGGCGCGGCCGAGGAGUUCCUAGAAGGCCUUGGGAGUGCGUACAAGCGGACAAGGCUGGCCAUGUCCGAUCCGAUGAGCGCCGCCGUAUUCUUCCACCGGGAGAUGAAGCUGUUCUUCGAUCAUUACGUGAAGGUCGGAGAAGACUCGAUGCUUGCCGACAUCCACGGGGAGGAUCAGGCGGCGUAUCGCGAGCGAAUCAUACGAUACGUCGAUAGUGUCUUCUCCGAGGAUCUGGAUCAGGAAGGGUUCUGCGCCGUGCAAGCGGAGCGAUCUGUGACGUCCGAUAUUUCCUCCCUGCUGGACAACACCGAGCAGUUUUCGGCCGCAUUUGACGAGGAGGCCAACUUCUGUGCCGGCGCUACACAGAUCCGGAGGACUCACAGCAUGGUCAAUCGAUGGAACAAGGCUAUCGCUGUUGGGCUCCGGCACAACCACGACAUUUCCUUCAUUGCGACGCAGCGCAAGACCAUGGCCCUUAUGUAUUAUGUCACGAACUACGCGACGAAGGUGGAGGACCCGGUGUGGAAGCGUGUGGCGGCCGCGGCCGAUCUCCUGGCCGCCUCAACGGGUGACGGCACGGCCAACGGAGGACAGGACGACGGUGGAGGUGCUGUCGAGGUCGUCGCUCAUCUUCUUGGAUAUCCGGCCGAGUUCACCAACAGCAGCGCCUGGGCGUACCUGAACACAUCUCUGCUGUACUGGGAAGUCUUUCGACGGUGGCCGUAUCUCCGACGAGCAAGUGGCGCGGCGGCCAUAGAUGAUACUCUGGAUGAGUCGGUGCUCAGGCGGCCGGGCAAGCAUGCUACCGUCUGCCUCGAUGGCUACCUGAGCAAGGACUUCGGCCACAACGACGACGAGGAGUCGUGCCACCGGAGGGCAGCCGUGCAGCAUCUUGCGCUAUUUGUGCCGUGGGAGUCCUUUCUGUGCGAAGAAACAGGUGAGAUCAAUAGCAUCUGGGAGCGGGCGCGAGAGGCGCUGGCCCCGAGAAUAUCAUGUCUCGUCGACAACGUGCAGCUGCUUCGACGAUCAGCCGAAGACGCAAAGCGCGACGCCAAGCAAUGGGCGGCCUCAUCCGGCGAUGGCGAUUCCACGGUCGCCCACGUCGAGGAGGGCGAGACAGGCGAGGCGGGCGCAGAAUUUGCAGCGACGUAUCGGUCCAACAACAUCGGAGACGCAACGCGCCUGAUCGACGUCGUCCGAGGCGCAGUGGGCACGAAUCAGGUGACGGCCAAGUCGCCGGAGCUCAUGGCAAUGAUGCGGCAGCUCUGUCGAUUCCAGCAAUCGGCGCUCUGCUCAACGGCCGAGCUCGAGGCCAUCGCGAUUCCCGAACAAGGGUUGAGGUGCAUAAGCAUGCCAGGGCGGGUAUUUUCCGGGGCCGCACUACCGCCGCAGGAUCAGGUCAAGGCUAUCAAGUCGCAGCAGAUAAUCGCAGUCCGGGAAAGCGAUCGCCGAGCUGCGUUGCGGAGGGUGAUGACCGGCUUCGGGGAGGACGACGUCGAAAUGACGACAGCCGACUCCGACGAGACGGCUAGCGACGCAGAAGCGGGAAUGCGCGUCCAGCUUGGCCCAUCGACCUCCUUCUUCGCGGCGGGCAAGGAGUUGUCAACACGGCUAACGCUGAACAAGAGGCAGUCGAUCGCUUUCCUAAUAAUAUGCCGCCAGCUCGAUUUGAUGCGACAAACGAAUAGGGCGAUGCCGGCCAGCUCUGCCAGGACUGCCGCGGCGCAGAUCAACGGCAUCACGAUCCACUCCGCCUGCGGGUUCACUAAAGACCAAGGGGGGGCGGCGCGAACACAGCCAAGGACCUUGACGGGAAAGAUUUCGGGGAUCCCCAUCGUCCUCUUCUGCGGAGACUUUCAGCAGUUCCGGCCGGUCCAAGAGAGGUCGAUCGUCCUGCCGAGCGCGGCCAUCUCGUGGGACGUAGACAACUCGUUCAAGGCCGAGCAGCGGCACCAGCACGACAAAGCGCACGCGCUGUGGAAGAGAUUCACGACGGUCGUCAUGUUGAACGAGCAAAUGCGCGCCGCCGGUGAUCCGGAAUUGCAGGGGCUGCUGAAGCGGAUCCGGCAGGGGCAGGCGGAUCCUUGGGAGACUGGCAUCACCGUGGUGACGCCGCUGAACAGGAAUCGGUGGAACCUAAACAUGGAGGCAAGCUUGGCGUUCCGGGUCCAGCAGCGGUCGACGAUGCGCAUCUUCAUCUCCGAGCACAAGUGGAAGGAGGGCCUGCCGACCGAGGAAGAAGCGAUCAUGGUACUCAAUCAAGGCGACGAUAGCGCGAUCCCCGUGCCGGCCGUCUUCAUGUUCGUGGCCGGGAUGCCGGUCGUCGUGAACCACAACACCCAUCAGGGGCUGAAGCUGGUGAACGGCGCCGGCUACUCGGCGGUGGAGGUCAUUGUCGACAAGGCGUCCCCAGGGCAUCGAAUCUCGUCCGACAUGACGAUCCACUUCGGGCCGCCGGCGGGAUAUUACUGGAAUCGGCGACGACAAAGGACCUCCACUUCGUCGGGAUGCCGCCGGGCACGAUCUUGUUAA